CCCCACUUCAUAGGCAGAAGCACCUGUUGCGCAGCUACCUGUUUUACUCGAUCCAUGGGUCUGUUCUCUCUUUUUUGUUUCUCUUAAUGCUUCUCUUUCUCUUUCUCUUUAGUAUCGUGCACGGUGUCACGACAGUAGGACGGUUUUCGAUCUUGGUGCUGAUUCUUCGGUAAAGGGCAACGACUCGCGAAGUGAAAAUAAUGUCUCCUUAUGCACUUCAAACGGAGACACGGUGAACAGUGUGAAAUUAAUUUAUUUAAAGGUUUAGAACGGAUAUUUGUUAAAAAAGAAACGUGAGUACGUUUGCAGCAAGCACGUUGGAAAUGCAUCGAAGGAGAUUUUAAGAAGGAGCAAUGGAGGACGAGCCACGGGAUACCUGUUUCGGGGCAGGAAAUGUGGCAGGGGCUGUGAUCGGUACUUUCCUUACAACGAUUCUCCUGCUGUUGAUUGCUGCGCUCCUUUAUAGACAGUGGCGUAGGCACAAGGGAAAACACUUAGUAUUGGUGACAGAUCCAGAAAUCGUCGAAGAAGCCUAUGCCUUUGAUAAUCCUUGUUUCAAAGAUGUUACGAUAUCAUCCAAUAAUCGAAAUCGAGAGACAGCAAUAUCUCUGACACCUGGAGAUACUCCAGGCAAAGAUUCUACACGAUGGUCUACCUCUUGGACAUCUUUAGGAUUAGGUUCGACUAACCGCAAUGAUAAACGGAAAACCCUUGACGAUUCUUGCCUUGGACCGAAAGCAACAAGAAUUAAUGUAGUUAGUUUGAAAAGUCGAGAUUUCACAGGACUAGGAUUUAAUAUUUGUGGCAACAUGAGAGAAGGAAUUUUUGUUAAAGAUCUCCUACAUCGUGGACCAGCAUCGGAAUCUGGUCGAAUACAUCCAGGUGAUCGUAUAGCUAGUGUAAAAAUUAGUUUCCGUAAUAUGGUAUACGAAGAUGCUUUAACGAUUUUAAGUUAUGCUUCACCAUAUGAUGUAAAAUUAGAAGUAGAAAAUGGAGGAAUUGGAUCGAAACCAACUACACUUUUGAAAAAAAGUGUUGGUCCUAGCGCAGCAAGAAUUUGCCAUCCUCUGUAUAGGAGUCAAUCAAUUCCAGAACUCUCACAGUCAAAAAGUAUCGCAAAGAGACUUUUUAUAGUAGAUCCAAACGAAUCUAUGAAUUCUAAUUAUUCAACGAUGAAUUCAACAUUAAAAUCUUCGAAAUCUAUAUCAAAUAGUCAAACAUUUGAAAAAUCCCAUGAUGAAUCCAAGAAUAAUCACCAUAAAUUUGGUAUCAAAGUCUUACCUUCCCUUGAUGGAACUGUUCAUCGCAUUGAAAAUCAAAAUGAACAUAACACGAAUCUUGAAAGAAGACAUUCAAAGAAAUUGGGUACAGAAAAACAUUUGCCAAAUAUGAAUAAAACUUCUUUAUUUGGUGAUAAAAAAGAAGAAAUUCAACGUCAACAGACUUCACAAAUAUCGCAAAUUACCAAAGGAAAAAAUGAAAUUUUCGAAUCGCGUAAUGUUGAUGUAUUAAAUAAAAGCGGUACAGUCAUUGAUACAUCAAUUCAUGUUCCAUCAGAAGUACCGACGGAAGUCCAUAAUGCAGCUAUGGCUGCCCGUAGAAAUCGAAAAAAUAGUUCUGAACUAUUAAAUAGCUCAAAAAAUAUAGAAUCUAUUGAAACAGAGGAUUCUAAAAAUCAACAAAAAAAUAAAAGAAAAGCUCCACCACCACCAAAAAGUAACAGUUAUGAUGGGUCUCCGAAAAAAGAUUCAUCAUCUACAAAAGUAUACGAUUCAAAAAAAGAAGAUGAAAUUAAUAGUAUUACUGAUUAUAAAGAUUCUUUAUCUGAUUAUAUAAAGAAAGUACGAGAAACAGAAAAAAUAGAUUCAUGUGUAGAAGAAAAAGUAGAAACUUUAAUAAUUGAUGAGAGACAUUCUGAAUCUGAUACAGACAGUGAAAUACAAAAUAGUUUUACAACUAUUGAAUUAAAUUCUGCUGAUAUUACAAUUCAUCGGACACCUGUACCUGAAAUAAAUAACGACGAAGAUGAAGAAGAUGAUGUUUAUAGAAAAGCUGCAAGUUUAGGUGAUUUAUCAAAAUAUGAAUGCAAGACAUCAACAACUCUUGAAAGAGCACAAAGUCUAGAUAUGACUGAUACUGGCACGAAAAAACGUAAGGCACCUUUGCCACCAGAAGAUAUUAAUGAAUCUACUGAAGAUUUAACUAAACUUGAUCAAAUAGAUACGUUUGAUAGACGAUUAUUAAAGAAAUCAAAUGAAUGGGGUAAUUUAGAAGAUGUUGUUUGGCGUAAAAAAUUAGAUUCAGAAGAUAAAUUAAAAAAAUCAAAUGUUAGAAAAAAAAGCAAUGCUUCACUAGAACGAUCUAAAUCUGCCGUAGAAAUUAAAUUAAAAAAUGAAGAUUCUGAAGAAUCAAAAGAAGAAAAUCCUACAGAUGAUGAAACCAGUAUAGAACUUUAUAAUCUUCCUUUAAGUAAAAGACUUACAGAAGAAUUUAUUCAUACAGAACGAAUGUUUAAUCCAGAUGAAGAUAAUUCUUUGAUCAGGAUUGUUAAUGAUGGUAAUGUUAUUAAAAGUCCUACACUUGAAGAAGUAGAAUUACAAUUUAAAAAAGAAAUUUCAUUACCUAGUGAUCUUAAUGAUGAUAGUACAAUAUCAAAUGAACAAUUUUCAGAUGAUGAUGAAAAAAUAUUAAAUAAAAACUUUGGAAAAACAUUGAAACAUUUUGAAACAUAUACACAAAAGCAACAAUUUUUCGAUUGUUCUAAACACAAUUUAUUUCGUUCAAAAAAUUGGAAGGAAGAUAAUUUAUUAACAACGAAUGAUAUAAUUUCAUAUACUGAUAAUAAAAUCGAUGAAGAACCAAUGACAAAAAUCAAUAUCAAAAGAGGAUGUCAUGCAUGUGAUGAAAACUAUCGUCAUGAAACCUGUAAGAAAAAAUCUUUUUCUACGAAACGAUCAUCUACUCCAAUACCUUUGCAAGAUUAUUCUUCUAAUUCAAUAGAAGGUAAUGGUUCCGAUUCGAUAACAAUUAAUGAUGUGGAAGAAUCAAAUUCAAUGACACAUACAUAUCCAUCGAUAUUUAAAGAUAAAGAAAAUACAAAUGAAAAGUCAUCAAUAAAUUCAAAAUCGCUAUCAAAACGAUUUUCCAAUAAUCAAAGAAUUGAUCGAGAAAAUGAUGAAGAUGAAGAUGAAUAUGAAUUUGGUUCUGGUGUAACUAUAAAUAACAAAAGUUUAUUUGAUCGUGAAGAUCGUCGUAACAUUAACAAUAUUAGUGUUUCAAGUGGUGAAAAUAGUGAAGAUAGCGGGUUAGUUGGUGAAUCUAUGGAUUAUAAUCCACAAGAUUUUGAUAAUAGACCACCACUUCCAAAUACGCCAAUGCCACAUAAAAUGACUUAUAUUACAGAAAUCAAACUUUCUACUAAUAGAGAAAAAUUUCAAGAGGAUGAUAAUGAAAACAAUGAGACAGUUUCCACAAUUGAAAGUAACAGUAAAAAAUCAGUGCAAAACGAAAUUAAAACAUCAAAUGGAAAAGCAACUUCUAAUAAAAAGCCUCCUGUUCCUCCUAGAAAAACAGACAUUACAAAAUAUAAUAAAAAAGGAAGUACUGAAAAACAAGUUAUUUAUGUAUCCGAAUAUAAAUCUAAUGAGUCUAAAGAAUCAGAUGAUUCAGAUACGAAUCAUGAAAUAAAACAAUCAGAUAAUUGAUCUGCAGAAAUAUAAUCGAUUAUUUUAAAAAAUAAAAAACAAAAUGCGUGCAGUAACAAAAUUAAAUUAUU